AUGUGGCGGUCCUUCGCUCUACCAGCCUUCGCGCUGGUAGCCUCCCUCGCUCGGCCCGGUCUCGCCCAGGUCCAUUCAGACUGCAAUCCCAUGAACGAGACGGCCUGCCCCCCGAACCCAGCAUUCGGCAUGGACUAUACCUUCCACUUCAACGCCACGCCUCACAGGGACGCCUGGGAAACCCACGCCGGCGCCGUCGAGUAUCAUCCCGAUACCGGCGUCUCCUUCGCCAUCCACCAACAGGGCGACUCUCCCACCAUACGCUCCAAGUUCUACUUCUUUGGUGGCCGCACCGAGAUCCACCUCAGGGCCGCUGCCGGUAAGGGUAUCAUCAGCUCCAUGAUGUGGCUGAGCGACACCCUCGACGAGGUCGACUGGGAAUUCGUUGGCGUCAACCAAACCAUGGCCCUCAGCAACUAUUUCGGCAAAGGCGAGGAGAUCUACACCGAAGGUGUCAACCACGUCACCCCCUUCAACGUCUUCGACGACUACCACAACUACACCACCUUGUGGACAAGGGACAGGCUCGAGUGGUGGAUUGACGGCGAACGAGUCCGGGUUCUCCAUCGCGCCGACGCGCUCAGAGACGGUUACCUCUAUCCGCAGACCCCGAUGCGUCUGUACCUCGGCAUCUGGGCCGGCGGCGACCCCCGUCUUCCCGAGGGCACUCGCGAGUGGGCCGGCGGCGACACCGAGUAUGAGAAUGGCCCUUACGUCAUGUACAUCAAGAAAGCACUCGUCGAGGAUUUCAGCACUGGCAGGGAGUACGUCUAUGGUGAUGAUUCGGGCUCCUGGGAGAGCAUUGACAUUGUCGAUGGUAACUCGACCGUCAAAGAAGCCCUCCUCGCCCCUCCGUCCAAGUCCUUGUCCGAGAAGUUCAACGACCUCCCCGAGGCAGCCCGCAUCGGCGUCUAUGCCGGGGGCGGCAGUGUAGGCGCCCUCAUUCUCUUUACCCUCGUCUUCUACAUCAUCCGUCAACGCCGCCGCGGUGCUCGCGAGGCCGAGGCUGCUGCCCGCAUAGCCGAGGAAGAACGCCUGGAGAUGGAAAGCUACAAGAAGAGGGGCAUCAACCCUGACUCCUUUGCCGGCCAAACGGGCACGGAGUACAAAUCCAACCAGGCCGUUGGAAAGGACGGUUCCAUUCGCUCGGAGUCCUUUGAUAUUCCCGUCGCGGCCGCCGGCCCUCUCGGUGGCGCUGGCUUUCCCGAAAAAGGCUGGGGUAAUGGCGGCUACGGCUCUGCUCCCGGAACUGGUCUCCAGUCGCCACGAUCGCCUCUCAUGGAACGGAACGGCGAGGCCCUGCAAAGCCCCACGUUCCCGCACCAAUCACCAUACCAUGAUGCGUCACCGACGCGCGAGAACUUCCAGUCACCCCUGAGGACCGGCAGUCCCGGAAUGCCCCCGCGAGGGCCACUCCCCGCCGACCCACACCGCAGCGUGUCCACGCCGCCGCAGUCGUACGGCAACAUGAGGUUGGGCAGCCCCGCACCCUCGCACCCUAGCCGGAGCUUCAGUGCCAACCAAGGCUACGGCGGUGACAGCCAGGACCACUGGAACAAUGGUGGUCACCGGUGA